AUAUACAUAUGUAUAUGUAUAUAUAUAUAUAUGAUGCAUUGAUUUUCGAGACUCAAUUCAAGUUCAUUCAAUCAAAAUGCUGGGAUUAACACUCGCGCUUGUUGGAGCUCUGAGUUCGUUAUACGGCAUCAAUGGAUGGAUUUUACGGCCACGGUGGCGGUCAGCUGAAUCUUUUCAAGAUGUGGUGACGUCACAAUGGGAGUUGAGACAGCGUUUCCUGCUGGACUUGAUGCUGCAGGUGCACAAGCCUCUGUUGCAACAGGAGCUCAUCGAAAUGGGACGUCAGCUAAACGAGAAUCCAAAUGAUUAUGAGGAGGGAAGCUGGCCAUUGCUGUUGGAUUUUAUGGAUGAUGUGCAUCAGGGACGUAUGCUGCGUCCAUAUAGCAUCUAUAGCCAGCUGCAGGAGGAUCUGCCACAGCAGCUACUGGGUGUCUAUCGAUUUCUAAAGCUAGCCAAGGAUUGGAAGACCUUUCAACGCAAUGCCUGCUACGCACGCAUCCGCUUCAAUUCCGUUCUCUUUGUGAAUGCCCUCCAGUUGGCAAUUGAAGAGCGGUCGGAUGCCAAGGAUCUAAUGCUGCCUGCCAUGCACGAGGUACUGCCACAGCUGUACUUUGAUAGAGAGGUUAUAUUGGAGGCCCAACGAGUCAAUUGGCAGCAGUUAGCGCCAGUUCCGAAGAUCAGCAACAAACACGGCUGGAGAGAGACACUCGGCAGCUUUGUAUACCCAAAGAUGCUUAGGCAAUCAAGUUUAGAAGUGGAGUUAGUCCCCGCCGAUCCAAUGGUAAUUGAGGUGGAGCCUUUAGAAACGCAGCUCAGCUUGGAUGUGGAAUUGAAUGGUUAUUGGAGCAGACUUCUCAGUCGUCUGAUGAUAUCAGCCAAGGACUCUGCAAGUGACGAUCAUAAUGAGCGCAUAUUUCGAGGAAAUCCAAACAUUUCUAUAGACCACCUGGUGCUCAUGCACAACAUCAAACAAUUCGUAGCUCUGUUCCAGCUGGAGGAACUGUCCACGGGCACACGAUCGCUACAGUUGAUUGAGCCCACAUUGCUGACGACCGGAGGGGUGCCCUAUAAGGCAACAGGUCUCAGCGCUGAGGCCGUGCGUCAAUUGAUAAGCGAGUCUAUCGAAGAGCUGCGCAUACAGAUUGAUAAGGAGCUGACAGAAGCUAACAAUGUGCAGGCAAUGUGGAUGGUGGGUCAAGUGAUAUCAACACAGUACUGGCAGAUCUGUAGACAUCUCAGCCAGGCCAUUAAUGGUAACCAUGUGGAGCCCAAUCUUAUGGGCAUGGCCACAUUCAACUUAAGGGAUCCCAUUUACCGCUUGCUGCUAUUCCAGUUCGCAGAUCUGAUUGCACAAUACGAGCCACGGAUAAAGGCAACAUCGCAUCAAAGGCAGCAUCUGCAAUUGAGACACAUCCGUGUGGGACAAUUGGAAACCUAUGACGAGCUUGAGGACACCGAUCUGAUCAAUCUAAUGGAUCAACAGCUGCUUCAGACGCAGCGCAACAAUUUGCAGCUGCUGCGUCGUCGCCUCGUGGCACGUCAGCUCCGUUUGAACCACAAACCAUUCAACAUCACCUACGAACUCUUCGCUACCGCUCCUAUCGCAGUGCUAAUUAGGAGUUAUCUACUGCCACCAGGUGGAAUCAAUAUUCAGCAUCGACUGCUUAUUGAUAGUUUUGUCAGCCACUUGACGGCAGGGGAGCAGCAACUGGAACGACAUUUCCCUACUGCUCCCAAUGGAUAUACUCUCAGCGAUCUAUAUGAGGCGAAGCAUCCCUUAAAUGCUUUCAAGUUCAGUUCCUGUUCAUUUCCCAAACACUUGCUUCUACCUCGAGGCACUGCUGAUGGUCUGAAACUCAAUCUACUCGUGCAGAUCUCACUUUGGACUUCAUCAGAUUUUAGGAGCUCAGAGUGUGAAUGGUCCGCUAGCGUUGAGGAUUGGACAGCUCACAACGUGGUCGAUGCGCUAUUAGAUGUGAAAGUCCAGCAUCACAAUAUUAAUCCUAUCGAAAAGGAUACAGGACAAAUAAUAAUAUUUAUAAGAAAAAUUACCUAAAUAUCUAUUCUAGAAUUAUGAUUUAAUUAAAUUAACAGUUGAAAUCGAUCGAAUUGAUUUGAAGAGUGACAGCAUGUUUUAUGAUUUAUUUAAAAGCAAAAUAUCAAAUUGAGUACUCAUGUGUGUAAACCUCACUACUCAUAUAAAUAUAUCAUUACAGUCAGCCUUAAGCAGGCAAGCAGGUCACAUUUUAUUUUCUCAACAUUUUAUUAUU